AUGUCGAACCUCAAUUUCCCUUACUCGAGCGCGCCCCUGCGCACCGUCGAGGAGAUUCAGUUUGGCCUUUUCUCGGCCAAGGAAACCGAACGCCUCGCGGUCAUCGAGAUUGAAUAUCCAGAGACGAUGGAUGAGCAGCGCCUCAGACCUCGCGAGAAAGGUCCGAACGAUCCUCAUCUCGGGACAAUCGAUCGCAAUUUCAGAUGCAGUACUUGUGAAGAAAACAUGGCCGAGUGUCCUGGUCACUUCGGUGUUAUCAAGCUUGCAACUCCAGUCUAUCACUAUGGCUUCAUGUCAAAAGUCAAGAAGAUCUUGGAGACUGUUUGCCACAAUUGUGGCAAGAUCAAAGCACUUGAUUCUGAAGAAUUUCGCCGCGCGAUAUCUCUUCGUGACCGAAAACGACGGUUUGAUGCGGUUUGGCGCCUAAGCAAGCCUCGUAACAUUUGUGAAGCCGAUCCCCCUGAAGACCCCGAUCAGCCAUUGAAGGGGCCACCGCAACCCAAACAUGGUGGGUGUGGCAAUGCGCAACCGGACAUUCGACGGACCGGGUUGCAGCUGUGGGCGACGUGGAAGGCAGGCAAAGGAGAUGAUGACGAAGACACAGCUCCGGAUAAGAAACGAAUUUUCCCGCAAGAUGCUCUGAACACAUUCCGCACUUUGACUGAUGAAACCCUGGAGAUGAUGGGCCUCAGUCUGGACUACGCCCGACCAGAGUGGAUGAUCCUGUCUGCGCUUCCUGUCCCUCCUCCUCCAGUCCGGCCUAGCAUCAGUGUCGACGGCAGUGGUCAAGGCUCGCGCGGUGAAGACGACUUGACCUUCAAGCUAGGCGACAUCAUUCGAGCCAAUCAAGCGGUCCUGCGUACAGAAGUUGAUGGUACACCUGAUCAUAUCAAAGUCGAUCUUUGCGAUCUGCUUCAAUAUCACAUUGCCACAUACAUGGACAAUGAGAUUGCUGGCUUGGAAAGAGCACAGCACAAGAGUGGCCGACCCAUCAAGUCAAUCCGUGCUCGGCUGAAGGGCAAAGAAGGCAGACUGCGCCAGAAUCUAAUGGGCAAACGUGUCGACUUCUCGGCUCGUACAGUUAUCACUGGCGACCCUAACCUAUCGCUCGACGAAGUUGGCGUCCCUCGCAGCAUUGCUCGCAACCUGACCUAUCCCGAAACAGUCACGCCUUUCAACCUUGACAAGCUAAAGCGUCUCGUGGCGAAUGGUCCAACCGAACAUCCUGGAGCCAGGUAUGUCAUCCGGGACACCGGUGAACGCAUCGAUCUGCGGCAUCACAAGCGUGCUGGGGAGAUGACUCUACAAUACGGUUGGAAAGUUGAGCGACACAUUCAAGAUGGAGAUGUUAUCCUGUUCAACCGUCAGCCCUCCCUUCACAAGGAAUCCAUGAUGGCCCACCGUGUCCGUGUGAUGCCUUAUUCGACCUUCCGACUGAACCUGUCCGUCACUACGCCUUACAACGCCGAUUUCGACGGAGACGAAAUGAACUUACACGUUCCUCAGAGCGAAGAAUCCAGAGCCGAGCUCGCCAAUCUUUGCAUGGUGCCACUCAAUAUUGUGUCUCCUCAGCGAAAUGGUCCCUUGAUGGGUAUUGUACAAGAUACGCUCUGCGGUAUCUACAAGGUCUGUCGUCGUGAUGUCUUCUUGACCCGAGAGCAGGUCAUGAAUAUUAUGCUUUGGGUGCCGGAUUGGGACGGGGUGAUUCCUCAACCAGCUAUCAUCAAGCCUAGACCUCGCUGGACGGGGAAGCAGAUGAUCAGCAUGAUUCUCCCAAAUGCCCUCAACCUUGAACGACUGGAUGCGAAGGGUGAAGACCCAUACGUGCCCGCCAACGACACUGGUCUCAUGGUCCUCGAAGGCAACUUGAUGUUCGGCUUGUUCAGCAAGAAAUUCGUCGGUACUAGUGCUGGCGGUAUCAUUCACACCAUUUUCAAUGAGUUUGGGCACGAUGCUGCUAUGGCUUUCUUUAACGGUGCUCAGCAUGUUGUCAACUAUUGGCUUCUGCAUAACGGCUUUAGUAUCGGCAUUGGUGAUACAGUACCUGAUCCAGAAACUGUCCAGAAGAUUCAAGAAGUCGUCGAUGCUAAGAAAGCUGAAGUCGAAGAGCUCACAAUUCGGGCCUACAAGGAAGAUCUUGAGCCAUCGCCUGGUAUGAAUGUCCGUCAGACAUUCGAAAGCAAGGUCAUGAACGCGCUCAAUCAAGCCCGUGACCAGGCGGGUGCUGUUACCGAAAACAGCUUGAAAGAUCUCAACAAUGGAAUCACUAUGGCGCGUGCCGGUUCCAAAGGUUCCACUAUCAACAUUGCACAGAUGACUGCCAUUGUUGGUCAACAAGCUGUCGAAGGCAAACGUAUACCAUUCGGUUUCAAGUAUCGAACUCUGCCUCAUUUCGCAAAGGACGACUACUCCGCGCCCUCUCGUGGUUUCGUUGAAAACUCGUACUUGCGGGGCUUGACACCGUCAGAGUUCUUCUUCCACGCCAUGGCUGGUCGUGAAGGUCUCAUUGACACGGCAGUCAAGACCGCCGAGACAGGCUAUAUCCAGCGCCGUCUUGUCAAGGCCCUCGAAGAGGUUACUGUCAAGUACGAUUCGACGGUUCGUGACUCGCGUGGAAAUAUCGUCCAAUUCAUCUACGGAGAAGAUGGUCUCGAUGGUGCCCACAUCGAGAACCAAAAGGUCGAUAUCAUCACCAUGUCUGACAAAGCUUUCCAUAACCGGUACGCUGUGGACAUUAUGAGUGGUGAUGUUUCUGGGUGGAGAGGUAAAUUGCUUCAAGCAAGAGAGAUACAAGGCGACACCGAGUUGCAAGAACUGUUCGACGAGGAACUCGAAGCUCUGCGUGAGUCAAGAGAGUUCCUGCGCAAGAUGGGCAAGGGGACCGAAGACUCGAUGCAACUCCCACUCAACAUCGCCCGUAUCAUCGACCAAGCCCAGAAGAAUUUCAAGAUCCGUCGCGGCGACAAGACUGAUCUUGAUCCACGCCAUGCCCUUACUUCCGUGAAGCAGUUGUUGGAUCGCCUGGUCGUUGUUCGUGGCGACGAUCCUAUCUCCCAGGAAGCCCAGUCUAAUGCCACUCUUCUCCUAAAGGCUCAGUUGCGGUCGCGUCUCGCAUACAAGCGACUUGUACUGGAGCAUGGAUUGAACAGACUGGCAUUUGACAAUGUCAUUGGUGCCGUCGAAAGUCGAUUCAUUGCUGCACAAGCGAACCCUGGCGAAAUGGUCGGUGUUCUUGCUGCUCAAUCUAUUGGUGAACCUGCCACUCAGAUGACCUUGAACACUUUCCACUUCACUGGUGUGUCGGCCAAGAACGUCACCCUGGGUGUCCCUCGUCUCAAGGAAAUCUUGAACGUGUCUCAAACCAUCCGGACUCCGUCGAUGACUGUCUACCAACUGCCUGAGAAUGCAGGUGACAAGGAGGCUGCCAAACUCCUUCGAUCUCGCGUACAGCACACCAAUCUGCGGUCCGUCGCCGAGACCUGUGAGUUGUGGUAUGAUCCUGACAUCCAGAGCACAAUCAUCCCCGAGGAUUUGGAUAUGGUCGAAUCGUAUUUCAUAAUCCCCGAAGACAAUGAGGCAGAUCUGUCUCUCCACUCCAAGUGGCUGUUGCGUGUCAUACUCAGUCGUGCCAAACUCUUGGACAAAGGUCUCAACAUCCAGGAGGUGGCUGCAAAGAUCAAAUCAACCUAUGGCAAAGAUCUUUCGGUCAUUUUCAGUGAUAUCAACGCAGACGAGCAAGUCAUCCGUGUGCGACUGGUCCAAGGCUACGGUAAGGACGAAGAUGAAGACCGCAAGGAAGACGACGAGAUCCUUCGCCGCUUCAUGAACGAAAUGCUCGACCACUUGACUUUCCACGGUGUUCCUGGAGUCAGCCGAGCCUUCAUUGAUCACAAGAGCCGUGCCAUCAUCGACGAUGACAACUCGGUGUACAUGGCCAAGAGUGAUCCACGGUGCAACGAGUAUGUCCUUGAGACUAGCGGCAGUGCUUUUGCAAAGGUCCUCGCGAUUGAAGGGGUGGACACCGCUCGUACCUACACCAAUCGCUUCACUGAAAUCUUCGAGGUUCUUGGUAUUGAAGCUACUCGCGCGGCCAUCUUGCGGGAGUUGACCCAGGUACUGUCGUUUGACGGUUCUUAUGUCAACGCUCGCCACUUGGGUAUCCUCUGCGAUGUCAUGACUGCGCGUGGCUAUGUCAUGGCUGUUACUCGUCAUGGUAUCAACAAGUCCGACACCGGUGCACUCAUGAGAUGUUCCUUCGAACAGACGGUGGAGAUUCUCCUGGAGGCUGCGGCUGCUGGCGAAUUGGACGACUGUCGUGGUGUUUCUGAGAACCUCAUCUUGGGCCAGGUUGCUCCUGUUGGCACUGGUGCGAUGGAGAUCCUUCUUGACGAGAAUAUGCUGUCACAGGUUGUUACCGACAAUGCUAACCUUGGUCUUGGUGGAGCUAUCGGUGUUAAAGGCUCCCAGCAACUCAUUGAGGGUGCGGCCACUCCUUACGAUACGGGUUCUCCGAUGCACGACUCCGGCUAUCUUGGUUCUCCCGAUUAUGGCGCCUCAUUCUCACCCAUUGCCGCCUCUGGUUCAGAGACUCCAGGAGGGUUUACAGAGUACCAACCUGGGUUUGGCGGCGCUGGUGGGUUCAGUCCGUACGGUCCUCGGAGUCCUGGAGGUUAUUCGCCUGCCAGUCCUCUCGGCACAAGCCCAAGUUCACCCGGCUUCUCGCCCACUGCCGGCUACUCCCCAACUUCGCCGAUGUUUGGUAGGACCAGUCCAGGUUUUGGCCCGACGUCGCCGUCAUUCUCUCCAGCCAGUCCGGCAUUCACUCCCACUUCGCCUGCGUAUUCGCCGACAUCACCCGGGUAUCAAGCGUCGCCAACCUCGCCAAGUUACUCUCCCACGUCGCCGAAUUAUUCGCCGACAUCUCCUGCCUAUGGAUCGCCGACUUCGCCAAGCUACUCACCGACUUCGCCGGCUUUCAGUCCUACUUCGCCUACCUCACCCACGUCGCCUGUUUACAGUCCGACCUCGCCGAUGUACAGUCCUACUAGCCCGAUGUACGGUACAACCGGGAACAAGCAGUCUCCUACUUCACCUAGCUAUUCACCAACAUCUCCGACGUAUAGCCCGACCAGUCCAACUUCUCCCACCAGUCCUUCGUACUCACCUACGAGUCCGAUGUACAAUGCGUCACCCAGAAGUCCUCAGGCUAGGUCGGCGUCUGUCACAAGCCCUCAAUAUUCUCCGAAUAGUCCUCAAUAUUCGCCGACUUCUCCCAAGGAGGAUUAA